UGAAAAAAGAAAAGAGAGCCCUACGCUUCCAAAAUCACAGUGCGUAUUAUUUUGCUCAUUCCUUUCUCUCGCCCCCUUCCUCUUUUUUUUUUUUUUUUCUUGUUCCUUCUUCUUUCUUCUUCUCCUUCGUCGACCCAAACUAGUUUCAAAUCCCAUCCUCUCGUACUGAUUUAUCACUCGCCUCUUCGUAUACAUAUAUAGGUACUCAGACCUCUUUUGGUCUAGGUCCAGAUUUCGAUUCCUGUUAAAAUAUCAGAAGCGAGAUUUUACGUUUGAUAGAAGAGAGGAUGGUCGGCAGUGGCGCUAGGGUUUCGAUUUCGGCUACUACUCGGAAGAUGAUUCAGAACAUUAAGGAGACCACUGCUGGGAACUAUAGCGAGGAUGAGAUUAUCGCAAUGCUUCAUGAAUGUAACAUGGAUCCUGAUGAGACCGCUCAACGCUUACUUCUUCAGGAUCCAUUCCAUGAGGUUAAAAAAAAGCGUGAUAAGAGGAAAGAGAACAUCAACAACAAGGAUUCUGCUGAAUCACAAUGGAGAUCUGGUGGAGGGGGCCGUGGUAGCAGGGGUGGUCGGAUGAAUUUCUCUUCUCGUCAUGCAUCAAAUGAUGUUGCUGGUGCAAAGAAUUCUUUCAAAAAAGAAAACGGUCCAAAGCAGGUUAUUGAUCCAUCAACUUCAACCUCUCAAGAGAUAAAAACGAAAGAUAUAGCUCUGGUCUCAAGCCAUUCUGCUGUGAUGGAUAAAAGUACUGUUGGUCCGAAAUCAGGAAGCUCUGAUGUUCGCCAGUCUUCCAACCUACCAGCUGGUUCAGGUCAACUUAAAGCUGGCCGAUCUUCAGUGCCCUCAAACAACAUUGAUGGUGCACCGUCUUCUGUGGAAUUAAGCAAAAAUCGUGUAGCAGUUGGCUCUAGGGUUGUGCAUACUGAGCAGAAGGCAGUUGAUUCUCUGCCACUCCCUCGUCCAUCCUCUUCUGAAGUUCGAUUCACAUCUUCAAAUCCCAAAUCAGAGCAAACAGCACCUGAACAGCACAUUGGAGAAAGCAAGUCCCAUACCAGAUCCCGUGGGGUUGGGAAGACUGCCGUGAAUGAUACUUAUGGUUCAAGGCCUGCUUCAUCUCAUAGCAACAGCACGGGUAGUCGGCCUUCUUCUAACUACAGUAAUCGGUCACAUCAGACUGUCGGUCCUCAAAGAGGUGCUGGUUCCAUUAAGGAAUGGAAACCGAAGCCAGUAGUGAACCAUAACACUACCCAGGGCUCUGGUGCAUCAUCUACAGGUGAAACUCUUGCAGUUCCUACUGAAGCCAGUGACAAAUCAGUUGAAGAUGCUACCCCUUCGGCAGAAGCCACAUCCAGAUUGCAGAGACAGCUUGAAGACUUGCAGAUUCAACGUCAGCAUGUUAUUAUUCCAAACCAUAUUCUUGUUCCAGAGGCUGAACGAACCAAGUUAAGCUUUGGAAGCUUUGAUGCUGACUUUUCUAUUACGUCUAGCACAGUAGCCUUUCCUCAGAGUGAAAAGAGAUCUGCACCUCUUUCUCAUAAUUCGCAGGAAGUUGAAGAAAGUUUUGCAGAGGAGGAAUUUAGGCACCCAACUGUCCAUUCGAUUGAAAAAGAAGAGGACGGUAAUGUUUACUCCGAGUCACCUUCACAAGUUCCAGAUAAUAUGGCUGGUGAAGGUAAUACUGCAACAAAUACAGCUCCAGAGUAUGAUGUCACCAAGCAGGAGAAUAUGUUGGAGUCCGAAAGCAAUCAAAACUCGUUUGACCAGGUUCCAAGUAAUAUUAUUGGGAUUGUUCCUCCAGCUCCUGGGAACCAGCAUCCACAAUUUGAGACUUCUGACCCUCAAGCACGUGAUGCCCUUCGUCUUCCCAGUUUUAUGGGCCAACAACCUUUUGAUACGGCGAGCUACUAUGCUCAGUUCUACCGCUCAGGUCCUGACAGUGAUGGCCGUGUUUCUCCCUUCGUUUCCCCAGGGGUUGCCUCCAAAUUUAAUGGGAUUACAGUAUUGCCUCCGCAUUCAUCUCAAACCAUGCAAGAGGGUGGAAAUAACUUGGUCCUGUCUACUGCUAGUCCACCACCACUGGUAACUCAAGCUGCUGGACUAAUGCAGAGCUCUAUACCUGUCACGCAGCAGCCUGUUCCUGUUUUCCGCCCUCCGGGCUUACAUAUGUCGCAUUAUCCACCAAACUACGUGCCAUAUGGAUACUUCUCCCCAUUCUAUUUACCUCCCCCUACAAUGCACCAAUACUUAAGCAAUGGUGCAUAUGCUCAGCAACCUCAGGCAAGCGGUGUAUAUCCUCCACCUCCUGGAACUGCAACAGGAGGCAAAUACACACUCCCUCAUUACAAGCCUGGGACUAAUACAGGAAACAUGACUCAUGUCGGUAUUACUGGUGGGUAUGGACCAACAUAUGGGUCUUUCCCAGCAGGAUAUAAUCCCACCUCUGCUGCAUCGGCCGGGAAUUCGACUUCCAAUGAGGAUCUCAACUCAUUGCAGUUGAAAGAAAACAACGGCUACAGUACAACAGGGCAACAGAGUGAAGCAUUACCUGUAUGGAUUACUGGACCAGGACGAGAUGUGCCAAGCUCUUUCUAUGGUUUACAGCACCAUGGGCAACACGUGACUUAUGCUCCAGCACAAGCUGGUCACGUCGCAUUCCCAGGUAUGUACCAUCCGGGACAAGCAGUAACAGCAACAGGAGUCCAUCAUCCGCUUUUACAACAGUCUCAAGGUGUGGCUGGAGCUGAAAUGGUUGCACCUGCGCCUAACGUUUUCCAACAGCCUCAGCAAACACAGAUGAAUUGGCCAAGUAAUUACUGAAACAGGAAGUAUAAAGGAGAAAAAGAUUUUGAAGAUUCAACAAGUUUCAAAUUCCAGAGAAAUCAGGAAAGAUAUAUGGGUGCGGGUUUUUGUUGACUUGCGUGUGUGUGUGUGUGCCAUCUAACAAAUUACCAAAGAGAUGAAGCUAUGAAGUUGAAGGCUUAAGCAUGAAGGAGAUUUACAGAGAGAAUGAUCAUAAGGGUAGGGAAAGGUAUUGUAUGAAACCAGUGUUUUGGUGUUUUCUAUAUCUUUUUUUUUUUCUUUUGAUUUAGCAAAUUUUUUUCUUUCUUAGCUUUUAAGAGGUCUUUUUUAGCUCUCUUUUUAAGUUUCUGAGCUAAGACAAGAACUUUGCUACCUGAGUCUGUAUCUGAAGACUCUUCCUCUCUUCCUUCUUUUCUUAGCCUUUGGUCAAUGUUUUCAAAUCCGAGUCAGCAAUCAAAUUGGACAAAUUUCUUGCUCGCGAAUCAACUUUCUCUGAAUGUUUAUUCCUCAAUUCGAAAAUUAAGGCUUGUGAAUAUGAGUCUUCAAGAAAAUUCACAUUAAGUUGUAAAAUCCGAAAUACUCCAAAUAUAAAUGUUAAAAACUUU